UGUUGUAAAGUACGUCUUGGUUGAGGACCCAUCAAAAACACUUUCUGUAACGAAAACCCCGACGCAUAGCCUCUCCCUAUAUAUUCUGCAUGUGUGGAGGUUGCCCAGCUCCACAAGGGCCUGGUAGCCAUAGGAAUCUCUUUCACACAGCAGCUACUACUUGCAGGGGCAACGACGAACCAAAUGAGAAUAAAGACAAGCUGGGAACAGAGUCCUGGCCGCCGGAUGUGUGCGGAUGAAAAAACAGUGAGAUGAGUCAGAAAAUGGCCAAGGAGGGCCCCAGGCUCUCCAAGAACCAGAAGUUCUCGGAACACUUCAGCAUCCACUGUUGCCCACCCUUCACCUUCCUCAACUCCAAGCGUGAGAUCGUGGACCGCAAGUACAGCAUCUGCAAGAGCGGCUGCUUCUACCAGAAGAAGGAGGAGGAUUGGAUCUGCUGCGCCUGCCAGAAGACCAGCCGCCGUGCCACGUCCCCUCAGAGGCCCAAGCACCAGCCAGCUGCGUCCCCCGUGGUGGUCAGAGCGCCGCCAGCCAAGCCAAAGUCCCCUCCGAGGCCAGCCAAGCCAAGGUCCCCUUCGAGGACUGAGCGCCAGCCGCGUCCCCGCCCAGAGGUCCGACCACCACCAGCCAAGCAGAAGCCCCCUCAGAAGUCCAAGCAACCAGCACGCAGCAGCCCCCUCAGAGGGCCAGGCGCCAGCCGCGGGGGGUCUCCCACCAGAGCUCCUAGGUUCUGGUAACACCAUCUCUUGCCUCUUGUCCCCCCUAGCCUAAGAUUGAAAAGGAGGAGCAGGUCAACCCCAAGAAAAAAGUGACAAGGAAGGGAUUUCCUGUGAAUGGACAGCCUCCGCCUGUGGACGUACCACUUCACAACCCAUCCGCCCUCAGACAAGUUACCUGGCCUCAAGUAUGAUGCAGGAUCAGACACCUGCUGAUGUGACAGCUACAGAUGCCCUCAGUCCUCACGGUGUGGGAGCCUCAGGGCAGCCUGCCUGGAGCACUGUGGCGAUGCCAUUCCAUCACCUCCCUCUGUAAGUGCCAACGAGAGGUCUGCCAUCCAUCUUCUUGACUCUCCACGGACUCAGGUUCCUCUAUCUGAAGAUGUGUGUGUCUUCAGGGAUGUGCAAAACAAGUUCGUGUUACACAACUAUCCAAGUGGGAAAUAUAAAAAAGAAAUUGUCAAGCGUUGGCAAUGAUGUGAGGAGAGUCCUAGAUGCUACUGAUGGGAAUUUGUACGUUGUCAUGGUAGAUGUCAUCCUACCACUGUACCCCGGGACACUAGCAAGGCAGGGUAUCUUAAAACCUCUAAUCAAGUGACUAUAAUUUUAGGCAUCCAUCCUGGAGAACACUUACACACUUUUAGAGAAGAGGAAACACACAAAUUUGUUUAAAAGAUCAUGGUUUGUAGUUAAGAGGGGAAAUAGAAUGCAAUUAGCCAAACUUUCUAUCCAUAAGGGAAUGAGAGAAUCAAUUUGGGGAUAUUUUCAAAUAAAGUCCUAAACAUCAGUUAAAGCCAGUCUGUCAGGCAGACUGUAUCAAGCAGGUGAAUCUAGACAGCAGAGCCAGGACUACAGAAGGCAAGCAUAAGGCGGCAAACCCAGUAUGACAUCCUAGGUAUCAAUAUCGACAGCCCACAAUCCUAUAUUGGUUAUUGCUCAAUAAGGAGAAGCCAUAAAAUCUCAUACUUUUUCUAUAAUGCAAUAGAAUUUAAAAUGAUAGCAAAAGACAAAGAUAUUAAAAAUGAAUCCUCUCAGAAAUAAAAGUAUAAGAAAUAAUUCCUGGCUUGAAGAAAUAACCCUGACUAAAAGCUACAUAGAAAUAGUUUAACAAUACUAGGGGACAUACAUUUGUUUGGAGAGGGUAAAUGGGAAAUUUGUGAACAGCCUUGGAUGCUUCCACAGUUAUAUAAAUCUUAAAAAACACCAAAAAACAUUUGCUUUGAAUCAAUUUUGGGUCUGGGAUAGAGUCCUUGGCUUGUGAGAAAAGGGAACCAAUUGGAAUACAGCUCUCAAAUUUUCCUUUAGGGACCAGGUAAGUAGGAGAGGACAACAGGAUGUUGGGGAACGUGGAGGGAUGUACAGUACUUGGUGGAGGGACAUGAAGAGCACCAGGAACGGCUUUGUGCUGGGAGCUGGGUGGCCAAGCACAGGCAGAUGCUGGGAGACCCCAAAGGCCACCGUUGCACCCUCACAGCCAGACCUGGUAAAGUUCAGAUUGGAGUGCAGGGAUGGGGGCCAUGUUCAAGGUGUGGAGCUGCAGAGAGAGGAAGACAGUAAGGAGGAAGGAAGAGAUGGCUCAGAAUGCUGCGCCCCAGCAAGAAGAAGCAGGCCAUACUGUCCCAAGAUCCCGGAAGGGCCCCGGCUUCCUAACCCGAGGGUGCUAUGUGGCCCCAGAAGUGCCAAUGCGAAGGCAGGGGAAUUUAACUGCAGAACAACUUCGUGCAGAAACUCUGGUGCUAAAUGAAUAUCUAAGUGACAACCUCUCUGACGGACAGGGUCUAACGGUGAACUGCCCGAGGCUAUCUCCUUCCUGAGAGUAACGGGGCUGGGAAGAACUAGGGUGAGAUAGCGCACAGCAACCCACUGGCGAGCCUCACCCCAACCCAUUAAGGAAACAUCAUGGGGACUCCAUCUCCAGUGCUCGCUCAUCUCACCCUCCCCUCCACGCCACCCCCAAGACAAAGAGCACUUGUUAACCCAUGCACAGCAUUGGAUAUUAGCCCAUUAAUGUGAAUAACCAGAAACCACUACAUUUUGUCUGUCUUCUGUUGAAAUAAAACCUGGGGGUGGAUCAA